AUGUUCUGGGUCACCACUUUAUCCCUAUUUCUAAUUGGCACCUUACCCUUCCCCUAUGAGACAAUUGUGAAGUGCAUAUUUUUUGGAAAUUAGCCGCUCUUUGAGAGAGCAAGUAUCUUUUUAUACAAAAAUAUUUUAUAUAUAAUUAAUGAUUUUAUGCAUAAUUAAUGAUGAUUCUAAUAAGAUCUUAAAGUUUAUUCUAUUAAUUUAAAUAAUUUGUAUUUGAAGCAUAUUUAAUUAGAUUUUCUUUUUAAUUCUUUAAAAUUAGAUUCUUAAAAAUACCAAAAAAAAGAAAUUUUUUUUUCAACACCAACUUUUAAGCUAAAUAUUUUGCUCUUUUAGGGAGAGGAAGCUAGGAAGAAUAAUUCCUCACAUCGAAUAUAGUCCUCUCCAGUACACCCCUCAAGGCUAUACAGUGGCUAAUUUCACCACUUACGUUGAUCAUUACACCACGAUGCCAAAUACUUUCAACAUGAGGUACUUUACCAAGACCCUCUAUUACCUCAAUGGAGGCAGCAAAGGACCAAUUUUCUUCUAUACAGGGAAUGAAGCUCCAGUCGAAAGCUUUAUGAACAAUACAGGCUUUAUUGAUUACUUGGCUCAGUCACUAAAUGCACUAGUUGUGUAUGCAGAGCAUAGAUAUUUCGGCCAAUCUCUACCAUUUGGAGGCAAAUCUUUCCAGAGUCCAAGCUACUAACCCCCCCUCCGUGAAAGAAUAAAAUCAUUAGAAAAAUCCCUAUUUUUGCCCAAAAACCCACCCUCCGUAAGUGAACAAAAAAAAAUUUUUGAUGUAAAAAUUUUUGUUUAAAAAAAAUUAUAAGUGAUUCUUAGUAUAAUGAAAUCUCGAGCUAAUUCUGCGAAUUUUUAAAAUUGCAUUUUAAAACAUAAAAAUUUUACAAUUAAUUAAUUUUUGCUUCUCAAUUUUACUAAGUAUCUUUCACCGCAUCAAGCAUUGGCUGAUUAUGCUUAUUUGAUAACUUAUUUAAAGACUAAAUAUAUCCUGGGGCACAAUGAAUUCUUGAUAUAAUAAACAUAUUUUGAGGAAGAGGAAUAUCAGAGAAUUGGGGUAUAAUAACGCCCCAGUUAUUGUAUUUGGUGGAAGCUAUGGAGGAAUGCUUUCAGCAUGGAUGAGAAUCAAAUAUCCAGACCUAGUUUUAGGUGCAAUUGCAGCAUCUGCUCCUAUUAUGGCUUUUAAUGGAACUGCAGACCCAAAUGGCUUCAACGCAAUUAUUACUCGAGAUUACUCAAUAGCAGAUACAGAAAAAGGAGCUUCAGAAUGCACAGCUUAUGUGGCCACAGCAUUUGAUUAUCUAUAUCAAGUCCAAGGAGACUUGACAACUUACUAUAAUUUAUGCUAUAUUAGUAGAAUAAUGAAUUAAUAUUUAGAGCCAAGCGCUAUUUUUUACUAUCAAAAUCUUUAUCCCCUAUUUAUUUCUUCGUAUUUGUCUCAAUUAAUUAUAUAUCAAUGACCUUCCAAACCUGUGAUGCUUUAAUCACCAAAGGCGAUGUUGAUGAACUAAUUGGCUACAUACAAAGUGCCUUCACUUACAUGGCAAUGACUGACUACCCAUAUGCCACAAACUUUUUGAAUCCUAUGCCUGGCCACCCAGUCAAUGUAUCUUGCCAAGCUUACGCUGAUGUCAACAUAUCAGACACAUGGGAAGUGUUGCAAGCUACCUUCAAAGCUAUAGGCAUAUAUUGCCUGAGCACUGGUUUGGCUAUGGUUGUGCCUGAUUAAUUCUGACUAUAUAAGGGAUUAGGAUUAUUAAAAGUCAGGCGUUAGCCAUAGUGUACAGAAGGUUCUACCACUUUUCGACUCCAGCCCAGAGUGUCUGUGCCACUUCCGAUACCUUCCAUCUCAUCCUUGUCUUAAGGCUUCGGUCUUGAGUGGGCUUAUGGAUUUCUGCGGCCCUGCUACAAGCGAUUGGAGUAGUUUGAUUCCAUGGAUCAUUUGGAGUCUGUCGGGUCCCGAAGUGCUUUCGACAGCUAGAGAAAAAAAGACCAAUACCCUAUGGCCUGGGCGGAAACCCUCACUUUCUCUGUAAACUGGGUUUUUUUGGCUAAAAAUAAGGAUAUUUCUAAUGGUUUUGUUCGCUCAAGGAGGGGGGAGUAAGAUAGAUAAAGAGUUAAUAUACCUGAAAAUUUUGCUUGCUGUUUGAAAGCAGCAAAGCAACUCUCUGCUUUGGUUAGCAAAUAUCAAAGUCCAGCCAAAUCAGCACUAAGGCUAUACUACAACUAUACAGGCACAUCUACAUGCAAUGACAUUUUCGGCACUCAAACAGGCAAUUUAGGCAGUGCUAAUGGAUGGGAUUAUUUAUCAUGCAGCACUUUAAAUAUCCCUAUUGGCGGAAUUAAACAAACCUCAAUGUUCGGAAACCAGCCUUGGAACCAGCAAGCUGAAAACCAAUAUUGCCAGCAGACUUGGGGAGUCACUCCUCAGAUAAACUACGCCAAUAUUUUUUAUGGAACCAACGUAAACCCUAUGAUCCCAUUGAGAGAUGUAUCAAAUAUUGUAUUCAGCAAUGGAGGACUAGAUCCAUGGCAGUUUGGAAGUGUGACUAAAUCAAAUAACCCUAAUAUUAUUGCCUUUGUGAUGGAAGGAGCAGCUCAUCAUUUAGAUUUGAGAUACCCAAAUCCUCUUGAUCCUCCAGAAGUAUCAGCAGGAAGAGUGACUGAACAGUCGGCUAUAGAAUAUUGGCUUGGGAUUAACCAAAACUAA